CCCUACGCUUCCUGACGCCUCAGCUCAUGGGAAAUGCUCUGCCUCGGGGCAUGCGCACCGCGAACGACAGUGCAGAGGCACGUGGAGCGCUGCGGCUGCAGCCGGGCGCGUUUGGAGUGAGCAGUCUCCGUCCGUGGCUCGAAUGCAGGAAGGGUCCUGUGCAAAGGUACCUCAGAAUCGACUUCUUAAUACAGUGACCAUACAGGAUCAAAGAAAAAUGAUCUUCUAUUUUUCAAGUAUUUGAGUUUCUUGUUUGUAACAGCAUGGUUUACUGUGAAAAGAGAGAGAAGAAUCUUUCUGGACACUUUAAAGAUAGCUGGUAGGCAUAGCAAAAUGCUUUGUUUGAGGCAGGUUUGCUUGUUUACACUGAGAUGUUACCAAGCUCGGACUCUGUGUAGUGAUCUGCUUCUGAGCCAGAUAAAUGGCUGCACCCAUGAAGAUGAAGUGUUCAGCCUUGUUGGAAGGAACAAGGCCAGACUUUCUGAAAAGCAUGUGGGAGUUGCAUUGAACAUGCUGUGGCAAUUGCAAAAGAAGAGGCCUUUUCUCUUAAGGACUAGUGACUAUGUAAGAAAUCACUCCCAGUUUCUUACCCUUUGCAUUUUGGCAGAAAGCAAGGUGGAACGCAUGGAAGAUGAGGUCAUAGUGGACACCUUAUAUAGUAUCCUGAGGCUUAAUGUUGAAGACCACAUUUCUCUAGCAAAAGUGCUUGUUACAGAAGCAUGGAAAAGAUUAGAAAGGCUUAGUUUGCCAGCUCUGUCUAAAUUUGCUCUGUGCUUAUACAAGCAACACAGGCACUUCAGUCCCAUAAUUGGCCAAGUAGCUCAUAUUGUGGACUUGAAACUGGAUUCUAUACAGGAUAUAAGGAUUUUGUCAGUUUUGAUGAUCAGCAUAUCUGAUGUUAUCACUGAGAGUUUUCGAGAUCGAUUACUGCACAAGGCUCAACAGCUCUUAGAAGAAAAGAAUGAAGUCCACUUCAACUAUGCCAGAAGAAUACUACAGUUUCUCCAAAAUGUUAGACUGAGAUAUCAUCCCUUGCUAGAAAAAUGCAACAGGAUUUUCCUUGAAAGUGCCUCCCAUCUUGAUAUACACAGUAUUAGUCAUAUUUUUGGACUGUAUGAGCAGCUGGGUUUUGACAAUGCUGAAUUCCGCUUGAUUGCUAAACAGCUGCUGUCCAAAACUAUAGAUGAUUAUUAUGAUCCUGAAACCUUUGCAAAAUUGUUUUUUGCUCUUGGGCCUAUGGCAGGAUCCAAGGUUAGAGAAAGGUUGCUAGGAACUGCAGCACACAUGGCAGAGGAAUUUAGCAGUCACCAAGUACUGAUGAUACUGAGGACGAUGCAGAAAAUGAAAUGCAGAAAUUCUCAUCUACUCAAAAAAAUGGCUUCUGUUCUGCACAAACACUUGGAUAGCUAUCAUGUAUUACAGUUGGUAAAGUUAACACAGUACUUGGUGGUGUUGUGUUGCCAGGAUCUGGAGCUGUUUGCCAAAUUAAAAACGUUACUAUUAGGUUGUUUAAAAUCUACAGUGAUACCUGCUGAUACUGCAGCCAUAAUUCGUGUUCUGGCCAUGCUUCCUUCUUUUCAUGUGGAGGAAAUUAUUAUAAACAAAGCAGCAGCAGUUCUGCCUCAAUGCAGGCUCCAUCAUUUGAAUUGCAUUGCUACAGCUCUUGUCAAAUGGAAUCAUCAUGGCCAGCUGCACUGGCAAAACAGUUCUGAGCUAUGUGCCAAGCUUCUGCAGAAACUAAAUGACUGUGGAUUUCAGAGGCUUCAGAAAGCCAACAACUUAAAUCUUCUGUUGGAAGAACUUACACAUGUGAAUGGAGAGUGGUUUGAAGAAGUCCUGAAUGAGGAAACUAUGGCCACGUGUAAACACUUGAUAGAUCAAAUAACAUGGGCAAAUGUAUUACCCUUGUCUUUUUUUCUCAUAAAAUCAGACCACCGUUGUCCUGCAUUAUUUGACAGAAUAGCUUCUGUGACUGUUGCAAAUAUAGACAAGGUUCCCCCAUCUGAAAUCUAUUUUAUUCUCUUCCUUUUCUCUUCUUUGAAUUAUGACCCUCCUGACGAUGAAGAAUUCUUUAAGAGUUGUAUCCAUCAUCUUACUUCUAACUUGAGUCAUCUUGAAACUUAUCACUUGGUGCUGCUAGGUCAUGUUUUGGCAAUGGCUGGGUAUUUUCCUCCACUUCUGAUAACGACGAUAUUUAAUGUUUCUUUCCUAAGCAAAUUGGAUGCUCAACUUGAAGUCCUGCCUGAUACGGUGAAGCAGAGGGUCCACUCAAGCCUCAUGAAAUUGAACAGAGCAGUCUGUCUGGAAUGCCCAGAGUUUCACAUCCCUUGGUUUCAUGAGCCAUACUGCCAACGUGUCUUUCAUAACAGCACGAGCCGAAUAAAUCCACAGCGACAGCAUAUUCACAGAAUGCUGAUAGAGAUCUUAGGAGGGAGCAAUUACUCAAGAAUAUCUGUUCUCACACCAUACUACUAUGAAAUAGAUUUUGAGUGUGUCCUGGAUGUAAAUAAAAAGCCUCUUUCCUAUAUGGUUCAGAAUAUACUUUUGGAUGAUGUGGGGGCAAUACACUUGAGACAUGACAUCAAGGAUGAAGGGAGAAAGGCUCUGCCACCAGGAGCUCAAAGAAUUGCUUUGGAAUUUCUUGACUCAAAAGCCUUUAGCAAAGAUUAUUCACGUCAUCUGAAAGGAGAACCUGCAGUGAAAAAGCGACACCUGGAAAUGCUGGGGUACCGGGUAGUUCAGAUUCCUCACUUCGAAUGGAAUUCUAUGGUUCUGUCAACAAAAGGUGAACAGCUGGAAUACCUGAGAAAACAGCUGUAUACGGAAUACAGUGAUGUGAGACAUGCAGUCUGAAGUACUUUUAUAAAAACAGUUUACAUACCAUCAACUGUCUCGUAAUCCUGGAAUACUUAAGUUUCAAAAAUCUGUUUAUCAGCUGGACCAAGGCUUGCCAAGGUCAUCAGAUGUAAAGAGAUUUGAUCCUCAGUUUGUUAGGAAUUGCAAAAGGCAGGUCACAGUGGGCCGUGAAGAUGUGAUAGGGAUGCUUAAAAUUUCCCAUUAUCUGGAAGUUAUUAUGAGCACAUGAAUCUGGCAGUUUUGCCAUAAAGUUACGUUAUUAUCUCCUAAAUAAAUAACACAGAGACUUAGCCAGACAUAAAACUCUCCACAGAAAAAGUUGGAAAUACUAUUGACUAGGAGACUGGAGUAAGCAAUCUACUGGAAACUAUGUCUGUCCUCCAGCAUGUGACAGAAUGAGCAGUUAGGAAUCAAACAGUAUCUGUACACUGAACCCAAGAAACUGAAAUGCAGAUUUGCUAUGAAUAGGGCUGCUUUUAGAGCCAUUCAGUUUCCAUUCUCAGAACAGAGGUACUGUGGGGGACUGUGCUGGGGGAGUGUUGCGUGGUGAGGAACCUCCAGCUGCUUCUCCUACCCUGUGAUGUGCUGUGGGCAGAAGAGUGGCUGAGCCUUCUGGAACACCUUCACACACUUAAAAACCCUGCCAGGGUUUGUGCAGGAGGCAUAAGACACUGAGAUGUAGACGGAAGAAGUGGAAGAGCCAGGAGAAUGUUCGUUGUAGAGCAGUAACUGUAGGGUGGUCAUGCUUGGCAAAUCAUCCCAUUUUCAGAGGCAGCCAUGUUGUGCCUACAGCUGCCAUCACCUUAGGACGACUGUGAGCUGUGCCUGUUUUCUCACAUGUGCAAGGAGGAUAUGUGUUCUGGCUUAUUUAGUAGAAGCAGGACACCUUUUACCACUUCACUUGAAACCUGGCAGAGAGAAGCCACUGCAUAUCUGAAUUGGCCAUUAUGCAUCUGGCUGUCACAUUUUUUUUACUAUUCAGUAGCAGAGGAAAAAUUUUUUAUUAACUGAAUACAAAUCAGGACAGGAAUGGAAAGUCAGGAAAAACCAACAGAACUGAUCUAAGCUGCAAGGUACUCUCCUCCUGGGGCAGCCCUCAUUUUUGUGGGAUGACUGCCAAAACUAAUAGAUGGUAGUCUAGACAUCUAGGGUUAUCAAAUGGACAAGGGUCCAAGAUGUAAUGACUGCUUUGAGGAAAUGUCAUUGAAGGCACAGCGCAGAGAAAGAUUCUGUGUGCAUUAUAUUUGGUAUAAAAUGGAGAAGACAAUCAUAAAUAUAAUUUAGUAUUUCAGAAGGUGGGCUACAUGUUGAAGAGAUAUUGCAUGACUCUGCUGCUGUACAGAUCACCCUCAAGCAGCAGCCUUGGAGUGUUAAGAAAGGUGGCAGUGGCUGAAGUCAUGAGUCAGGGUGGUCAUGUGUUUAACGCUGAUUUUCAGGGUGGUCACUGUACCAAGCCAGUUUUCUUCAAAUUAUGUAUGGAUAAAGUUAUGAGUAUGCACAAUGAGAAGAGGAUUAAAACUUGUUAUGAAUGGUCCAGAAAGGGCAUUGAAGAAAAGCAAAAAAAAAAAGCAAUUCAGUAAAAUGCAUUUUCCUUGA